AUGGCCAACUACUACCAUGAGGCUCGCGCGCACACCAAGAAGCUCAAGCUGAUGCAGGAGGAGGGCGCCAAGCGGCGAGAUCGGCGGCUGGACGCCAAGGCAGAAGCCGGCGUGGUGGAAGACCCCAUGCAGCUGCUGCUGAUCGAUGGCCGCUCCUGCAAGCUGCACCGCAAUGCAGAGCAGCACGCGGCGCUCGAGCGCGGCGACGGCCUCAUUCCCUGGAACGGCGCACAGGACAACCUGAUCGACCGCUUUGACGGCCGCGCGCUGCUGGACUUCUACCGGGACCCGCCGCCGGGGGCGCGGCAGGAGAAGACGCACCAGGAGGAGCGGCUGGAUGAGCUGUUGAAUGGGGAGGAGCCGCUCACACACGGGGGCCUGGGGGCCCCCGGGCCUGGGCUCAUGAACACGGGUGGUCCGGCCGGGGAGGCGGCGCCACUGCAUUUGUUUUGA